AUGGCUUUUGGGCGCGAUACGCCCUCGGCGGUGGGACAUGGCGCCAGUGAGAAGACCUACACGUAUGACACCGGUGACAAAGCCAAUUUCCGAUCCAACGAUGAAGAGUCACCAGCGUCGAAUAGUCCGCCCGACGAUUACAAUGUCAUUCAGGGUGACACUGCUGGUGAUAUCCAAGACAUGCUUCGACUUGGUAAGAAGCAAGAGUUCAAGCGCAACUUCAAUAUCCUGUCCACCCUUGGUUUCAUUAGUAUAUACAUGGCGACCUGGGAAUUCGUCUUGGUUUCAUUGGCCGCAGGUCUUAUCAAUGGGGGAUUCGGAGGUCUUUUCUGGACGUUUGUGGGCACCGUGACGUGCUACAGCACCGUCGUGUUGAGUCUUGCUGAAAUGGAGUCCAUGGCACCAACAAGUGGUGGACAAUACCAUUGGGUGUCGGAAUUCGCCCCGCCCUCAUGUCAGAAGUUCCUCAGCUACUCGGCCGGCUGGAUGAGUACACUGGGCUGGCUGGCAAGUGUUGCCAGCUCGGUAUUUGUCUGCAGUACUCUGAUUCAGAGUCUGGUUGAGAUCUCCGACGCCGAAUUUGUGUUCCCCAAUUGGCAAUACACAUUGAUCAGUAUUGCUUUCCUGGUGGUCACCAUCGUCUUCAAUACCUGGGGCGCUGGAGUCCUCCCCAUGAUCGAGACAGUCAGCUUAUUCGGCCAUAUCCUUGGCUUCAUCGUGACGAUUGUCCCACUUUGGGUAAUGUGUCCCAAAAACAGCGCGACUGAUGUGUUUACUGUCUUUGUCGACAGUGGAGGCUGGGGAAAUGUUGGAACGGCUUGUCUUGUCACCCAGGUCUCUGUCCUGUACUGCAAUCUUGGAAGCGACUCGGCAUGUCACAUCUCCGAGGAAGUCGAGGACGCAAGUUUGACUGUACCCCGUGCCAUGUGGUGGUCCUUCCUUAUGAACGUCGUGAUGGGUAUUGCAGCUCUUAUCACAAUGUUAUUUUGCAUCGGCAGCCUGGAUGACGCCAUGAACGCGGAAGUACCGUACAUCCAGCUCUUCAUCAACUCUGGGUCCAAUGCAUUGGCCUACGUUCUCACCAUUUUGCUAUUUCUCCUCAUCUUCAGCGGGAACAUCACGGCCUUGGCCACAACAAGUCGUGAGGUCUUCGCAUUCUCUCGAGAUAGAGGCUUUCCAUUCUCGCAUUGGCUCAGCAAGAUUGAGAAGAAACGCCUUGUUCCAUUCAACGCGGUGUACGCCACAGCCUUCUGGUCUGCAGUUCUCUGCUUGAUCAAUCUAGGCUCGACAACGGCAUUCAACAUCAUCAUUUCACUCACGCUCUUGGCCUUGCUCUCGACAUACAUGCUGUCCAUUGGAUGUGUCUGCCUCAAGCGACUCAGGGGAGAACGUUUGCCAAAAGCACGUUGGAGCCUCGGUAGAUACGGGCUACCCAUUAAUUUCUUUGCCUUCUGUUACUGUGGGUUUGCCAUUGUCUUCAGCUGUUUUCCAAGCACCCUGCCGGUGGAUACGAGUACUGCCAACUGGGCACCAGCCGUGUGGGGUGGAGUGCUUCUUCUGAGUGCCAUCACAUACUUGCUCCAUGGCAAGAGACAUUUUACAGCACCGGUUGUGUUUGUUGCAGGUAUGAGAGUUGGUGGUCUGCAAGAGGCUGGAUAG